UGCCCGUUCUUCUCCCUCUCUCAUUUCCCGUCCUGCUCGCCGUCGCGCGCCCUUUCUUCAUUCUCUUCCGCCGCCUUGCUUACGCUUUCCUCCGAUCAUCCAAAGAAACGAGAUUGGGAGAACCGCAUCCCUCCAUCGCUUCCUGUCUACUGGCCUACGGAACCUGGGUCGGUCCUUCCCCGCUCUCCGGUCUAGGGUUUUGACCCUCUACAGGAAUCAGGCCUACUUGAAGUCGAAAACCUACAAGUUCGAGGUUUGCCUCGGCUGCAUGUUUGUAUAGUAUUAGAUAGGAAGCUUUCUCUGGUAUAAGGAUUCAGGUAUGGAUGAAAAGCCUAUCUAUCAUGAGAAGCAGAGACUGCAGUUUUGUCUAUUGCACGCACUCAAUAACCUGAUGCAGGAAAAGGACUCAUUUCGUCGAGCUGAGUUGGAUGCCAUUGCAGAGAAACUUUUGGCCGAUGAUCCUUUCAGAAGCCAAUGGACUCCCCUAUCAUUAAUCUUUAAGCCCCAUCACAAUGUCUUUACUGGAAACUAUGAUGUCAAUGUGCUAAUUGCAGCACUGGAGUCCAGAAGGAAAAGGGUCGUUUGGCAUGAUCGUCGAAAUGGAGCUUCUUCCAUUAACCUCGCUGAGGAAUCUUUGUUGGGUAUAAUGCUUAACAUCCCUGUUAGGAGGUUCGGGGGGGUUUGGAGUGGCAGGCAUUGGGUCUCAUUGCGCAAUAUCAAUGGUGUAUGGUACAACUUAGACAGUGAUCUCGCUUCACCAGUGUCAUUCGAGCAUCAAGAAGAGAUGAGAGAAUUCUUGAACAAUGUUAUCGAUCAGGGUGGAGAGAUUCUGAUCAUCCUGCGUGAGAAGCUCUGAGAUAAGACCAGAUCCGCUGCAUUUAGCUGAGUCGUUGUACCAUCUGUUACGUUUCGGAUAAUAUCUGAGCUCAAGGGAGUUGGCAUCCAUAUUGUGUUUGUUGUUUUUGUUGAUUCCAAAGGUGUCAUUUGCCAGUCAUAACGGUUCUAAAGACAUCCAACAGAAUAUUGCUCCUGAAAAUUUCAGCAACCUCAGAUACUGUUUUU